CCGUUUCCAUCCACGUCCAAGCCACAACCAAGCCAAAGCAAGCAAGAAGAGGAAGCGGUCGGUGGAUGAGCGUGAGGUACAUGAUGAGCCGGGUGGGCGCGCGGGCGGCGCAGGCCGCGCGGGACGCCGUCGGCAGGUCCGCCGGCAAGGCCGACAGGGCGCAGCAGCAGUCCAUGGCCAGGGCCGGCAGGGCGCCGGCGGAGUCGGCGCGGGCGAAGGCGCCGCUGGCCAGGAAGGCGGCCAAGGAGCGGCGGAGGCGGGCGGCCCAGGAGGAGUCGCUCCGCACCGUCAUGUUCCUCUCCAUGUGGGGCCCCAACGCCUAGCACCGCGUGGAUUAGUACCGCUGAUUAUAAUUAGCAGUGUGCGUGCGUGCACAUGGUUUACGUGCCGUGUGGUUAAAGCAACCCUUUUAAGUCUGUGUGUACAAGGCGAAUGUAAAGUGUACUGCAAAAAGAAAAAAAAAUAUUGGUCUCGAAAAAGAAAUAUUGUAAAAUGGCAUAGGGUUACACUGAAAACGGUUGAUCUACCGAUUUGUUUACCUGCA